UCUGAUUUGAUUCACUUAUAAGCCCAUCCAAACAGGCUCUAACUCUGUCUCUAACCAAAUAAGUCCAAACAAGCUGCUAGUCAAACUUUGGUCAACAUAUCCUCUGUUGAGAUUUCAGAGAAAUUUGCCAGAAAAAAUGGCAACACCGGCAAGUGAGAUUCCCAAGGUAAAGCUCGGCUCACAAGGAUUAGAAGUUUCUAGAAUCGGGCUGGGCUGUAGGAGCAUGUCUCCCAAUCACGGCCCGCCCAAGCCCAAGCCCGAACCCGAAAUGAUCAACCUAAUCCAACACGCAAUUAAUAACGGUGUCACUUUCCUUGAUACCUCCGAUCAAUAGGAACCCCACGCUAAUGAAAUUCUCGUUGGCAAGGCAAUCAACGGGAUGAGAGAAAAAGUACAAAUAGCUUCCAAGUUUGGUAUAAGUUUCAAUGACAGGAAAAUGGAAAUUUGUGGUGAACCAGAGCAUGUAAGCUAUGUUGCACGGACUCUUCAAAAAUAUCGUCGGGUGCGUGUCGGAUACUCCAAAAGUAGUGCAUUUUUGGAGAAUCCGACACGGGUGCGGCAACAAAAGUGAAGAGUCCGCGCAACUUAGCAUGUAAGAGCUUGUUGUGAAGCUAGCUUGAAGCGACUAGACAUCGACUGCAUUGAUCUUUAUUAUGUUCAUCGGAUUGAUACCCGAGUGCCUAUUGAAAUCACGGUUUGACACCUUACUUCCAUUCUUUUACUAUAUUUGAAGAUUUCUGGCAAAUAGUGUAUGAUUUGUGUAAAGAGAUAAUAGUAAUCUGGUGAUCACUUGGAUAAAAGUUUCAAGUCUCUUUAAGAAAAUAAAGUGAUUGAAUCAACUGUGUGGGAAAUGGUCCUGAGCUAUUUUAUUUUCACGCGCUUUUGAUAUUUCCAUACUGAUAUUUUCACGAAGAUCUUCUGAUGUAUUGUUUAGGUUGUCAAUCAACAAGAUAUAGUCAGAGUUGGACUUACGCUCUACUGACAGUACAAAAAAUGUGGAAUUGAAUCUUAUGCUAGAAUUGUUAUGUGUUGUUCUCAAAUUUUAAGAGGAUAGGCAAGUACCUUGACAAUUUUGUGAUAAUAAAUUUUACUUGAAGACGAAAUUAAUCAUCUUAUAUUAUAAACUGGUGUAAAACAUGGGGAGGCAAAGCAGGGGUGGAGCAAAGAGUUUCGUCAAUAUAAAGAUGAUACUCUUGUCAAAAUGUCAAAUAGAAGAAUCAACAUUUCGAUAAUGGAGUAUCUCGAGGCUUUGUAUGACAUAAAACGGUAGAAUCGAGCAUUUUGUUUAUUGUGCUUAUCAUUUCUUGCUAUUUUUUGUUGUGAUAUUGUGUGGCAUAGUGUGUAGAUUGGAGAACUGAAGAAACUGGUUGAAGAGGGUAAAAUCAAAUACAUAGGUUUAUCUGAGGCUUGUGCAUCAACAAUCAGAAGGGCCCAUGCUGUUCAUCCAAUAACAGCUGUUCAGAUGGAAUGGUCUUUGUGGACAAGAGAUCUGGAGGGAGAAAUAGUUCCUACUUGCAGAGAAUUAGGAAUCGGAAUUGUCCCAUAUAGUCCUCUUGGACGAGGUUUCUUCUCAGCAGGUCCAGAGUUGAUAGAGAGCUUGGCCGAGGGUGACUUCCGCAAGCAUAUACCGAGGUUCAAGCCUGAAAAUUUUGAGCACAACAAGCAAAUAUUUGAGCAACUCAAGAAAAUAGCAUCAAGAAAAGGAUGCACCACAUCACAACUUGCAUUGGCUUGGGUUCUUCACAAAGGAGAUGACAUAUGCCCCAUACCCGGUACCACCAAGAUUGACAACCUCAAUGAAAAUAUCAAAGCCGUAUCUGUAAAACUCACAGCAGAUGAGAUGGCAGAGUUGGAGUCCUGUGCUGCUAAAGAUAUGGUCAAAGGCGAAAGGCAUGCAUUCAUGUGGGCUACUUGGAUAAAUUCAGAGACUCCACCAUUAUCUUCCUGGAAAGCUGAAUAAAGGAUACAAUCUUGUCUUGCUUUGGAAGAAGCCCCGUUAAAGCCUAAGUCUAAUGCGAAGUAAAGGCUGAACCCGGGCCAAUGACAGUUCAACUGCUCUUUCUAGCAGGUGCAAUGGCACACAAGGAUUUCCAAAUCUACAAUGUUCUGGAUAAAUGUAUACACACACACUGUACGCAAUGUAUUUUGCUAGACAGCCAUUAAUUUACACAGUACUUGUGACUCCAUUGGAAUGGAGGCUUGUUUCUUCUGUUUUUUUCUCCCAUGGUACUCAAAUUCUGUUCGUGAGAGCAUUUUUGGUUCGGCUACUUUUCUA